AUUGGAAAUCAAUCAGCUAGUAGGACUUGGAAAUCACGGUAAUAAAUAGUCAGGAGCUCGGGGUGGAUCGACAGUCACUCAGACGGGCUGGAGACCUGCACAGCAGCCUGAAACAAUCCAGCAGCGAGAAUGGGAGAACGACUGGGGAGAACGUAAGCGGCCCGAAGCUAGACGGUCUGCCAUACCAGACGGAACUGCCAUACGAAGCCGAUCCCAACAUAACAAAUCGCAAGGCUUAGUGACAACGUCAUGGAUUACCAGCGCCUAAACGACAGCGACAAGCCGGUUACCUUAAACGUCGGUGGUCACAUCUACACUACCGCGUUCUCCACCCUCACCAGAUAUCCCGACAGCACCCUCGGGGUCCUGUUCGGCGGACAGAAGUCCGCCAUGUUGGAUGACAGAGGGAACUACUUUCUGGAUCGGGACGGGGAGAUUUUCCGCUACGUGCUGAACUAUCUCCGCACGGGGCAGCUCAAUCUCCCGUCAAAGUUCCCGAACUUUGACCUACUGUGUGCCGAGGCGGAGUACUACCAGAUUCCAGGGUUGGGAGUUGCCUUAGCAAAAUACAGAGCCGGUUUGGGGAACAUCUGUGUGAUUCUGGAUGUCAGCCCGGAAGGAUCUUCCCUCGGCGUCUUCGGCGCUCGGAAUCUUCUCGAAGAAACCCUGGGAACAACAUCCGGGAAAUUCCGCAGCCAGUACUACAGCGACUGCGUGGUGAAGGCCGUGGAGAUCUUUGACAAGCUCACUGCUCGCGGGUUCAUCCUGCAAGGUGCAACAGCGACCUCUAGCGAGACCGAGGAGAACGGCCUCAACCAGCAGCAGACGUGGACAUUCUGUCGUUCCUGUUACACUUGAUUAAAAA